AUGGGGCUCGCCCUGCUGCUGGGGCUGCUCCUCUCCCGAGCCGGAGACCUCCUGGCUCUGCCAAGGAGCGACUGCAUAGCAGCAGAACAGCUGUGCCUCUCGGACUCUGCCUGCAAUGCUACCUACAGGAUCCUGGAAAACUGCGCCCUGGCUAAGACUCGCUUCCUUCCGCUGGAUCACGACAGCAGGGUCAGAUGUCUGAACGCAGAGCUAGACCUCGGAAACAGCUCUUUGCUGCACUGCAAGUGUCACCGGCGCAUGAAGAGACAGGAGCACUGCUUACGUGUUUUCUGGACCGUUCACUCCAGCGUGACAGAUGGUUAUUUCAAUUUGGAGACCUCUCCCUAUGAGAAUCCAGCAAAUGAAGAACACUGGAAGACAGAUUAUAAUAAACUGGCAGCUCUGUUAUCAGGCUCACAGUUAGCAGGAGAUGCAACAAAUCCAUGCCUGAAAGCAACUCAUAUCUGUAAUCUGAGCAAGAAGUGUGUUCGUCUGCGCACAGACUAUGCCUCCAUCUGCACCAAAGGAGCAGGAAGUGAAGACCUGUGUGACCGUCGCAAAUGCCACAGAGGGCUAAGGAAUUUCUUUGAGAAAGUCCCUGAGGAUUUCACCAAAAGGAUCCUAUUCUGUCCGUGUCAAGAUGAACUUUGUGGAGAACGACGCCGGAAAACUAUUGUUCCCGAUUGUUCCUUCCGGUAUAACACCAAACCCAACUGCCUCUGGCUUCUGGACUCCUGCUUGGAAGACCAUAUCUGCAAAUCCCGGCUGGCUGACUUCCAGCAAAAUUGUCAACCUGCAGACAUGUCUCCAGGUGGUUGCUCUCAGCACAACCAUGCUGCGUGCCUGCAGGCCUACAUGGGGAUGAUUGGCACGCCCAUGACACCCAACUAUGUCAGUAACUCCAGUGUGGAGGUCUCCCUGUGGUGUACCUGUGAGAGCAGCGGCAACCAGAAGGAGAAGUGUGACCAGAUACUCGGCAUGUUUGAGAGCAACAAAUGCCUUGAAAAUACUAUUUGGUCUCAAAUGCACCUGAAGCAGACAGCUCUAGAAAGACAGGAAGACUUAUUUUAUUCAUCUUCCUUAAGCUUCCAAGGAGACAGUGCCAGCGCAUCUCUUGCUUCAGAAAUGUCCCAGGUGGCUGAAGGGAAGACACAGCGAGACAUCUCUGAACACAGCAGUAUGCCUAUGGCCUCCUCUGUAUAUUCUGGAGCUGCUAUUUUUUGGCCAUCUCUGGCUCUGUUCCUGCCCCUGUUGCUGAGCCAACAUUAA